AUGUCGACUCCACGAGGUAUUGAAGCAGGACAGUGGUCGCUGGCUCCUAGAGCUCUUAGGGCUCCUAGAGCUCUUAGGGCUUCUAGAGCUCUUAGGGCUUCUAGGGCUCCUAGAGCUCUUAGGGCUCCUAGAGCUCUUAGGGCUUCUAGGGCUCCUAGAGCUCUUAGGGCUCCUAGACCUCUUAGGGCUCCUAGAGCUCUUAGGGCUCCUAGACCUCUUAGGGCUCCUAGAGCUCUUAGGGCUUCUAGAGCUCCUAGGGCUCCUAGACCUCCUAGGGCUUCUAGAGCUCCUAGGGCUCCUAGAGCUCUUAGGGCUCCUAGAGCUCUAAGGGCUCCUAGACCUCCUAGGGCUUCUAGAGCUCUUAGGGCUCCUAAACCUCCUAGGGCUUCUAGAGCUCCUAGGGCUCCUAGAGCUCUUAGGGCUCCUAGAGCUCCUAGGACUCCUAGAGCUCCUAGGGCUCCUAGACCUCCUAGGGCUUCUAGAACUCCUAGAGCUCCUAGGGCUCCUAGGGCUCCUAAGGCUCCUAGACCUCCUACGGCUUCUGGAGCUCCUAGGGCUCCUAGAGUUCCUAGGACUCCUAGGGCUCCUAGGGGCUCCUAUAGCUCCUAG